AUGGCAUCAAUAAAGUUUGAUCUAUCACUGCUGGAUUACAAGACGAGAUUUGCACUGUGGCAAGUCAAGAUGCGAGCGAUUCUAGCACAAUCUUCGGAUCUUGAUGAGGCGCUGGACGGUUUCGGAGGAAAAGGGCAGAAGUCAUGGACCACUGAAGAGAAGCGGAAGGAUCGUAAGGCUCUGUCUCUGAUUCAACUUCAUCUACAUAAUGAUAUUUUGCAAGAAGUGCUACAGGAGAAAACUGCCGUAGAACUUUGGCUCAAGCUGGAAUCGAUCUGCAUGUCUAAGGAUCUAACCAGAGAUGUUCUGGUUGUUUUUGCUGGUUGUGUUGCUGGUCAUGAUGAAUGUAUACUUGAUUCUGCAUGCUCGUUUCAUAUAUGCUCUAACAGAGAUUGGUUCACUUCUUACAAGUCUGUGCAGAGUGGAGAUGUCGUGCGUAUGGGAGAUAACAACCCACGUGAGAUCGUGGGCAUUGGCUCCGUUCAGAUCAAGAUGCAUGAUGACAUGAUACGCACACUUAAAGAUGUGAGACACAUACCAGGGAUGGCCAGAAAUCUCAUCUCCCUCAGCACACUUGAUGCCGAGGGGUAUAGACACUCCGGUUCAGGUGAAGUGUGUAAGGUAUCAAAAGGCUCUCUCAUUCAUAUGAUAGGUGAUAUGAAUUCUACAAAGUUAUAUGUUCUUAGAGGAAGUACUUUACAUGGUUCUGUCACUACUGCUACUAUUUCUAAUGAUGAACCAAGUAAAACUAAUCUCUGGCAUAUGCGUCUUGGGCAUAUGAGUGAACUUGGUAUGGCAGAAUUGAUCAAGAUAGACCUGCUGGAUGGCUGCACUAUGGGUAAGAUGAAGUUCUAUGAGCACUGUGUUUUUGGUAAGCACAAGAGAGUAAAAUUCAAUGCAUCUAUUCAUAUCACCAAAGGUACACUUGAUUAUGUACAUGCUGAUUUGUGGGGGCCGUCUCGUAAGCCUUCUUAUGGUGGUGCUCGUUACAUGCUUACCAUUAUUGAUGAUUACUCUAGAAAAGUGUGGCCUUAUUUUCUGAAAAAUAAAGAUGAUACUUUUGCUGCUUUUAAAGAGUGGAAAGUUAUGAUAGAAAGGCAAACUGAAAAGAAGUUGAGCAUUUUUGGUUGCACUGCUUAUGCUUAUGUUGAUAAUGGAAAGCUAGAACCUAGAGCCAUUAAGUGUCCAUUUCUUGGUUAUGGUUCUGGAGUUAAAGGAUAUAAGUUAUGGAAUCCUGAAACUAAAAAGACUUUCAUGAGUAGGAACAUUGUUUUCAAUGAAUCUGUUAUGUUUAAUGACAGCUUGUCCACAGAUGUUUCACCAGUUGGUUCUGAUGAGGAGCAAGAACAUGUUAGCGUGCAGGUGGAGUGCGUAGAUGAUCAGGAAACUAAAAUAGUUGAUAACAAUGUUCAUAAUAUUGUUCAGCACUCACCUCCUGUUUUGCAGCCUCAAAAUCAGUCUAUUGCGGAUCGCAUAACAAAGAGGAGUUGUGGACCUCAUCCAUGUUUAAUUGAGGAAUGUGAUAUUGUUCGUUAUGCCUUUAGUUGUGCUAAACAGGUUGAGAACAUUCAUGAGCCGGCUACGUACACUGAAGCUGUUGUUUCUGGUGACCGCAAGAAGUGGAUUUUUGCUAUGCAAGAAGAGAUGCAGUCACUUGAGAAAAAUGGCACAUGGGAUGUUGUGCACUUGCCUAAACACAAGAAGGCCGUUCGUUGCAAAUAG